AAGUUCUUUGAGUCCUGGAUUCCGCUGCUGAAAUGGCAGGUCUUAGCAUGUACUGUAGACUAAACCCAUAUUCACCAAAACCACUAACCAAACACACCCCAUCAACGACGUAUCAUCAUCCCUCUUCUUCAUCAUCUUUCUCCAUCUCUCCUUCUUCACUCCCUAAAUCCCGAUUCAUCAAAUUCUCAACAAUGGCUUCUCAAUCAGUUCCUUCUGAGAAAACCGUUAACUCAGUGAUUGUUGAGCAACAAAGAGUUAAUGUAAAGAAUAAGUACGGUGAAAAUCUUGUUGGUGUCUUACAUGAAACGGGUUCAACAAAAAUUGUAAUCUUGUGCCAUGGAUUUCAAUCAAGUAAGGAUUCUCGGAUUAACAGGAAUUUGGCUGAGGUUUUAACGAAACAAGGGAUUAGUGUAUUCCGGUUUGAUUUUUCUGGCAAUGGGGAAAGUGAAGGUACAUUUCAGUAUGGAAAUUACGUUAAGGAGGCUGAUGACUUGCAUUCUGUGGUCAUGCACUUUGUUGGGUUGAAACGCGUGGUUGGUGCAAUUGUUGGGCAUAGUAAAGGAGGAGAUGUGGUGCUUGUAUAUGCUUCAAAGUAUCAUGACGUACCUACAGUUGUAAAUCUUUCCGGACGCUACAAUAUGGAGAGAGGUAUUGCAGAACGCUUGGGUAAGGAUUAUACGGAAAGAAUUGAGAAAGAUGGAUUUAUUGAUGUAAAGGACAAAGAAGGAAAUGUCCAGUACCGUGUGACGAAAGAGAGUUUGAUGGAACGCCUUGCUACUGAUAUGCAUGCAUUAUGCCUUUUAUUUGGAAAGGAUUGCAGGGUGAUGACAGUUCAUGGUUCUGCGGAUGAAAUUAUAAGAGUUGAAGAUGCGUUUGAAUUUGCCAAAGUGAUAGCCAAUCACAAGUUACACAUAGUGGAAGGCGCUGAUCAUUGUUACACUAAACAUCCAACUGAAUUGGCGGAGGUAGUGGUGGAUUAUAUAAAUGAAUCUUUUCAGGCGAACACCAUCACCCUUCAGUAGGUAUCUGUUGCCUAAGGGCUUGUUUACAGAAGUAGCCUACAUAUAUGUGAUGUGAUCAUUCUUCGUGGUGAAAUUCAUAAACCACAACUUAUUUCUAUACAAAAUAACUAGCGAUAUAUAUCAUAUUGCGUUUGGAUCAUUGAUGUGUGUUUUAUGAAUACAUUAAUUAUGUUACAUUUCUUGCCUUGCAUUCUUGAGAACAUGAAUUUAGAUUGAUACCAUGAGUGUAGUGGUGCGAAUGUUUUGAACAUCACACAUGUCAUAUAUUUCCCUGUAUUUUAUAUAGACUCAUAUGCUUUGUAACCGAUUCAUUUGCGAAUUGCUUUAUACUAUGUGAGAGGUGCUAGAUGACUAUCUACAACUAACUGAUUUUAGAUGGCUUACAAGGUUAGUAGGAUUUGUAGUUAUUUAGUAAAACCUAGUGAUGAGCCCUUGGAACUUGGAAGCAAACAUAUGAGGCCAUACUGGCAUUUUAAUGACUAAACAAAAGCACUUGCAGAUGGUUUUCGCCUCUCCUUUAAGAAUUUAACUAUAGGAGUUCUUGUGCUUAACAUUUGCAGGACGUAUUAUUGCCUCUAGAUCUUUUCCAUGCAAUACAUUAGGUACUCUCAGUUUUGGUCAACUGUUUUUGGUGUUUAUAUGUGCUUUUUACAUCCUUAUUACCUGAAUAAGUCUACACUUUAUGUAAUGGGUAAUAAUCACCUUUACUAUAAAUAAAUAAGAGGAAUAAUUCUCCUUGGAAAAAUGCUAAAAGAAAAGAUUCAUCAAGUGGAAGCGGAACUGGUCCAGAUUACAUAAUAAGAUAGGAGAAAUGGUAGGCAAGUUUAAACUGACUUGGUCUAUACCAAAACCAAUAUCCAAGCAGUCCCCUUCAACUUCAAGAGUUCAAGUCUCCUUCAUCCUACACUACCUCAACGGUGCCGGAUCAACUUAUCAAGUAUGGCUGAAUCAUCUUCCCUGAAAAAGCAAAACUCAG